AACAUUACAUUUCUCCACUUCCUCUUUUCUCCAUCCUCACGAGAAAAGCAAAAGUAGAGCACUCUCUAAUAAAUUCUCUUCUUCCACCACACACGACACCACCGAAGGCUCCGGUACAUCCAUCCGUUGCCUCUUCACAAAUUUGAGCAAUAAUUAAGAAUCGAAUAAACCGCGAAAGAGUCUCCGGCAUUUCAGUUGGUAUAUUAAUAUUAUGGCAAGGUCAUUAUCUAGUAUGCUAAUCAGGAACAUGGCUAGUUUCUCGGCUCGUCGUUCCAACACUCAAGUAUCUGGGUUGUCAUACCUAAAUUCAAUGAAGUACUCAACUACGUCUUCUAACGAUCCUGAUUCACAUGAAGAUUUCAGGCCAACCAGUAAGAUUGAGAGUUCUGACCUUUCUGUAAAAGAGAUUGUUGAGCAGGAUGUGAAGGGGAAUCCCAUUAUGAUUUAUAUUAAGGGGGUGCCUGAAAUGCCGAGAUGUGGUUUCAGCUCUCUUGCUGUGAGGGUACUGAAGGAAUAUGGUGUUCCUUUUAGUUCCAGAAAUAUCUUGGAAGACAUGGAGUUGAAGAAUGCUGUUAAAGCCUACAGCCACUGGCCUACCUUUCCACAAAUAUUUAUCAAGGGAGAGUUCAUUGGAGGAUCAGAUAUUAUACUUAACAUGCACCAGACUGGUGAACUGGAGCAGAAGCUCAAAGAAAUUGUUCCCAGCCAGCAGAAAGCAGAGUGAGUAUUUCGCGGUUUCUCAAGCUUUAUACAAAAUGAGAAAUUGUUUUUCGAAGAGUUGAGCGAGCAUAUGUAAUAUUUUUCUUUUGUGCCGUAGCAGAGUGGACAUCAUGUAUUCUUUUUCUACGUAGUUAAACAUACUUGCAACUAACAUUCAAUAAUCUAUAACCUGAAUAAUGGUAAGCAAAGUGAAUUUUAGGUAUUUCACUUUUCUUGAGCCAUCUUCAUUGAGUUUUAUAUUUCGUGAUGAACCACUUUAAAUUGAACGAACUAUUUAAUUCUGGGAACUGGAAGCUUUUUCUA